AUCAGGAACAGGCCUCCGAAAUAAUUAUGGAAAUACAUUAAUGGAUUAAAAUUGUUUGGCUGUAUAGAAACAAAUCAUACAGUUGUAAAAGCUGAUCAAGGACUAAAUGACCUUUGAGACUUUGCUACCAAACCUCCAACUCUCAUAUCUGCACUUGAUAAAGGUUAAACGUGAGUGACGAUCGCAAACGCAACUGAAAAUAACAAAACAAGGCAUGUUGUCCUUCAUUUCCCGGUUUGUGCCAAGUGUUCCUUCUUGUGUAACACUAAGUGCAAUUCCUCUACAUAGCGUUUUACAAGGGGUUGUGGGUGCUUGUGGAAUAUGGGUUCUUCGUAACCUUUUAAAAACUUACUUGUAUGUUGAGGCACAGAGUAUCACAGAUCAUGAAACAGACCUUAAACGAAGGAACAGACUAAAUGGUGGACUUAAAGAGAAAAUCCAGUUCUGGAUCCUAACUGUGGUUCUUUCUGCUGUGGGCUCUCGUGUUGCAUCACUAAUAGUUUUAGAGUUCUCCCUUAGAGUCAUUUCAGCACGGAUCACAAGAGGAUCAAACUCAAUAAUGGACUCUUUGUUACUGCUGAUUAUCCAGUGCCAGUUCUCCUUGGGCUGCGCACUAACCUGCAGCCUAAAUUUCCUCCAUGAGGGGGCACCGCAAGGCUGGCUAAGCCUCCUCCUUGCAGUUGGACUGAGCUGGUUCUUGGCAAACAGGUGCAGCAGAGUAUGGCGACAUGUAGAUACAAUGUACCCAAUACACAGUUCACAGCGCUAUUGUGGACUUUGCAUUGGACUAUUAACCACUGGCACUUCUAUAGCCUGGCUCUGCAUUGCCCUAAUUAUAACUUUUAGUGUAUCUGGAAUUGCUGCCAUAUCAAACAUAAACCAACACUUUCUAUCAACCACUGAAGCUCUGAAAUUUUGGACCCCACUCACAAUCUGCUACACUCUGCUGGUUGAGAGCAUGAAUGAGGAUCGACAUCAACCGCCCAGCCAACAGAUUCUCAAUACAGUCGUUGUGCGCCUGGGUGGGCUUUUUGUGUUACUGAUUACAGUGGGCAGCUGGUCAGAUGUGCUCCAUGUUCUAAUCUGCUUCAUUGGUGAAGCUGUGUGCCUGUUACCGUCUCAAGACCUUUUGGAAGCCAUAUAUCAGCAUGUCACCUAUGUGUCUAAAGGUCCAUUAAAAAGCCACGGAAAAUGGGAGGAACAAAGGACAUUGGAAAGGAAACUGGACUAGGCUUGGAUGAAAACAAACUUGACUUAUGUAUAAGCCUAUUUAUUACUGUACACACUACACACACACAUUCUCUUCAAAAUACAAUCUAGGUCGUAAACCCAAUCCCAUGAGGGUCUGUUGUUUGUCUGAAAAAUUCACAUUUUAGUAAAGAUUAUUAAUAUUUAAAAUCCAUUUAGCUUGACUCCAGUUGCAUUUUAGUACUGCAUAAAAAAUAUUAUGAAUGCCUUCCAUUAUAAUAAAUAUAACUAUUCAAUACCUGUAUGU